UGCGGCACUGAAGCAUUUUCCCGCGCUAUGUUCGUCGCAAAACAACACACAGAGUAGUUGUUAACCUACGUGGAGUUGGAGUGUAACUAGUCAAUCUGAUACAUUAAUCGCAAUUUAACGGCGCUAUUAGUGUCCUGAAUAUAUAGCGAAAUGCCGUCAGCGUCAUCAUCCUCAUUAAAUUAUGACCCAGCGAGUCUACCGGAUUUACUGCCGCUUUACUACCGACGACUUUUUCCUUUCUCACAGUAUUACCGCUGGCUCAACUAUGGAGGAGUGCAGAAAAACUAUUUUCAGAACCGCGAGUUCUCCUUCACCCUCAAAGACGACAUCUACGUCCGCUACCAGUCUUUUACCACGCAGAACGAACUGGAGAAAGAAAUCCAGAAGAUGAACCCUUACAAAGUUGACAUUGGAGCGGUCUAUAGUCACCGACCCAGUCAGCAUAACACGGUGAAGUCUGGAACCUUCCAAGCUCUGGAGAAAGAGCUGGUUUUUGAUAUUGACAUGACCGAUUAUGAUGACGUCAGAAGCUGUUGCAGUGCUGCAGACAUUUGUUCCAAGUGCUGGACUUUGAUGAUCAUCGCAAUACGAAUCCUGGACCGAGCUCUUCGAGAGGACUUUGGCUUCCAGCACCUCCUGUGGGUCUAUUCUGGCAGAAGAGGGGUUCAUUGUUGGGUGUGUGAUGAAGUUGCCAGGACGCUUUCGGUAUCUGCUCGAUCCGCAGUGGCAGAAUACCUCAGUUUGGUCAAGGGUGGUGAGGAGACUGUAAAGAAAGUGGUGCUGACAGAGCCAAUUCAUCCCUUUAUUAGAGAAUCUCUGACAGUGGUUGAGAGAUACUUUUCCACAUAUGCACUGCAGGAACAGGACAUAUUGGGCCGCAAGGAGUCUGUAGAACAAGUGCUGGCCCUUGUGCCUGAAGAUGUUCGAAAAGAGUUACAACAAGACUUCAAAAAUGAGAGGAACCCGGAGAAUAGAUGGCAACUCAUCAUUGAACAAGCCAGUAGGAAACAGGGGGCUGCCAAGAAGGGCCAGCACUUUGAGAAAGAAAUCAUGUUGCAGUAUUGUUACCCACGACUCGAUGUGAAUGUCAGUAAAGGGGUGAACCAUUUGCUAAAGAGCCCCUUCAGUGUCCAUCCUAAAACAGGGCGCAUCUCUGUUCCCAUGGACCUCACAGAACUGGAUAUGUUUGAUCCCUUCAACGUACCCACAAUCAGUUUGAUCUGCAGUGAGUUGGAUCAUGCCAAGGUGGGUGAGGAGGAACAGGAUGACAAUGAAGAAGAAACUGCUGAGAAACGAAAGAUCAGAGAUGGAGUCUCUCAGUCAUGGAAAGGAGAACUUCUCAGAAAGAGUGAUCUUCAAAAGGAAUUUUGAGAUGAUGAUGCAAACCAUCUUCAUUUGGAGCUUCUAUGAUGUUGCCAAUUCUCUGAUAAACGAUGACUUAAUUAUUCUGCUUUGAUAUCUUUAACUGUACUCGAUACACCCACAUUCCUGAUUAAACCUUAAUUGUUUUCUUGAGGCCCAUUAUGUUGCUUGAUUUCUACUUUUCUGUUGUACAGGUGUUUGUAAAAAUACAUGCUAUCCAUCUGAUAUCUGUUGAAAACGUUGGAGGUAUAUGGCAAACGAUCUGCAGGGGCAGGCUAUUUGAAGCCUACACAUUUUACACAUGAAAGCUUAAAAAUGAUUGCAUCUUAGCUGCUAAAAAUUCUCAAAUUAUUUUAAGUUAUCUGAGAUGAAGUAUAGACACCCAUAAAGUGAGUGGUAGAUUGAAAUCAUCAUUAGAUUAAUCAAUACUUAGGCGCCGCUUCUACUUAUUACCUACAGUAUAUACAGUGGAUACAAAAAUUGCACACACCGCUGUUCAACUGCUAGGUUUUUGUGAUACAGAAAAAUUAGGCCACAACUUUUUCCACCAUUUUGUAACCUAACCUGGUACUACUAAAUUGUUAAAACAUUUUCGACAGGGAAGAUGGAAAAAAAACAACUGAGAUAAUGUAACAAGUGUGCACACGCAGAAUUCCUCAGUCACAUUCAAACAAAUUUUAAAUCAGUAUCAAGCUUCCUGGUGUCCCCCGUCUCCUAGCAGAAGCCUGAAGAUUUUGUACGAACACUGGUAUUUGGAACUGUAAUAAUUAUCUGCUCCUUGACUAUAGGAGGCUUAACGUCAUCUUUUUGUGCCGUGUGCAACGACCACCAUGUCUGAGGGGAUAUGCAUUUGUAAACAAACAAUAGAUUUUGUGCCAUCGACUGAUUGUAAAUGCACUGAGGUAGCUGAGGCUAGUAGUCAAUACUUGUCACUAUUGUGUCUGUAAUAAUGGUAAACAAUUGUGCUGUUUACGGCUGCUCCAAUUGGUCAGAGAGAAAUCCUUUGUGACACUGGCAAUCAUUGUAAACCACAGUACCAAGCGAAGGUUAUUUCUAAAUAGGAUCUUCUAUUAUAAAUAUGUCGACUAGUUUGACAUUCUACUGACCGUAAACCAGCCAUCUCAGGUUGUAUGUAACAAGCCCACGUGGGAUUUGUGGUCCACAGAGCCAUGGCGGUGGUGGACAUGGACGCCCGUCUCCUCACGCUAGUCUCACGUGCCUGCCAGCUUCUAACUACGGUCCCUCCACGGCGGCGGUGUUGGCCCUGAGGGGCGGCUCGCUGUACAGCUGCACGUGGCCAGCACUUGGUCUCCCACAGGAGCCGGGGCAACUAGUACUUAGUUCUUUUGUCUCGUCGUGGCCAUUUAACGUGAGGCAGCACACGCGGUUUACUUUGUUGAAUUGUUUUCGGUUUCCUCCGUUCUAGACCGUGCGGGUCAGUGACGCACGGGCGUGAAGAAUUGCGUAAGCCGAUUGACCGUGAAUGUCAACGAGUGAAGCCGCACGUACUGUACCCUGCCUUCAGUACAAGCUUUCCCUCCGACUAACUUGCGACCGCUUGUCCUUACAACAGUUUCUAGGGUGUCAAUAUAACCUUUACAUUCAACAUGAACCUUAGUAUUGAGAUGAGACAUAAUCAGAAAGCGUAUAUGACUUUGAAUGAUAAUGCUGUUUGCUAGAAGCAGUGGCUGUCUCUGAUAUGGGUAAAUGUGAAUUUAUGGUUGUUGCACAGGGUGCCAUUUGGUCCAGGACCACCUCUGGCUUGAAUCUUGGCCCCAACAUACCCCCAAUAAUGGCGGCCGGAGACUGAGCAUUGUGGGUUAUCGAGCGAUGUGUGACGUCAGCGUAAGGGAGGCUCCAGUUCCAUCUGAAGAAAAACUAUUUGGAUCGGGCAAGGUGGCGACCAAGACGGACGAAGGUUUUCAUGGCUGAGCAAUCUUUUACAUUUCUAUCCCUUACCAUCCCUUUUCUGACUCUAUACGAUACCAUAAACAUACAUUAACAAUCUCAAUGUAAUUUACGCUCCGGUCUUCUACCUAAAAUCAACCCAAUUAUUUAUUUUUAAGGUAGCCAACUUUACAGAGCUAAGCUAAAAAUAAGUAAAGUAUGCUGGUAAUUGUGAUUGUGGAGCGUCACUUUCUAACUGCAUGAUGCCAAACAAACAAGGUAAAAAACGAAAAGAUAAAGGAAUUCCUGUGUGCAAAGAAGGUAUGAUUUUUGGAGCACCCUUAAAUGCUGAAAUGACGCAAGAGAGCUGCUCAGCUACUAUUUCAAUGGCCGUUACCUCUGCGGAUCACAAUUAUGCAGUCUCUGGGUCUGAUACUUGCAGCCGAAAUGCCGACCAUAUGCCACAGUUUGCUCCUGACACGGUGAAACCAAAACGAAGAAAAAAAAGAAAGCAGAGAUGUCCUGAGCAGACUUACAGAGUAACAUUCUUGCUGCAAUUAAUGACAGAGCCGAUAACUUGGAGGGCAUGAUCACCAGAAAUGGAAUGCAGUGGGAAUUGAGGCCUUGAAAAAGUCUGUUGAUUUUGCCCUUGCAGAGGUUGAGUUAUCUAAGUGAAUGUGAAAGUGGUCAAAACUACUCAUGAAAAGCAUGACAAACAAAUAGCAGAUUUGCAGCUCAAGCUUAAUGAAGCUGAAAGGUACGGCCGAAGAUGGAACCUCAGACUUCAUAGUGUCCCUGAAGGAAAUUUAGAAGAUAUUAAAUCCACGGUUGUCAACAUCUGCUGUGCUGUGGGACCUACCUCUCAGCAAAAAAUGACAAAUGACAUUGAUAUAGUCCAUCGCCUAGGAAGUUACCCAGAGGCUUCAAACAGGCCCAGGAUGUCUAUAGUUCGCUUU